AUGACCGAACCACAACCUCUACAUAUAAUAUCGGUUUACGCGCCAGAAGACAACAAGCCGAAACAAGAGAAGGAAAUCUUUUUUAACGAACUUGAGAGUAUCGUGAAGUCAAUACCACCAAGGAAAUCAAUUCUCAUCCUCGGAGAUUUUAAUGCUCGCAUCGGUAACGAGCCAAUCUUCGGAAUCAUGCAACGGUUCAAUGAACACAUAAUUAACGAUAACGGGAAACUUACGAUCAACCUCUGUUCUCUGACAUGGCUUAGAAUCAAUAACACCUACUUCAACCAUAAAGCCCAAUACAAAUAUACGUUUGGUAACACCCGUGGUCAAAAGUCAACGAUUGACUAUGUCGUGACGAACAGAUGCAUACCACCUUCCGAAAUUUUAGAUGUCAGAGUAAUCAACUCAGCUCAUUUGGGAAGCGAUCAUGCUUUACUCCUUGGCAAUUUGGAUUAA